AUGGCGACGUACACGACGACCUUCGCGUACGCGCUGAAGCACUGCCGCAACGCAGUGCGCGGCAGGCUGCACGGGCAUGGAGGAGGGCUGCGCACCGAGGGGGAGGCGCCGCAGGGAUCCGGGGGCGCGUUCCCCUCGGCCUCUGCGGUCGAGCGGUCGGACUUCCUGAGGCUGAUGCGGUGGAGGGCGGAGUCGUGGGACCCGUGGCGGGCCCGCGACCGCGUGCGGGAGGCGGUCGCUGCCAUGGGCCCAGAACUGUCGGGGCUCCGGGCGAGCCUGAGGGCGCUGCGCGCGGACGUUCGCAAUGACGUGCGCCGGCGCAAGGAGAACGUCAAGGAGAAGAUAUCAGCGCGCCUGAGGAGGCGGAGGCCCACGUACGCGGUCGGAAUGCCGCUGUCGGAGCUCACGAACGCCAGCCCGGUGCUCCGCGCGCUCGGCAUCGGCGCCCUCGGCCUCCUCAGCCGCGCGUGGAUGACGCUCCUGAACACCACGAGGGUGUACGGCCGCGAGAACAUCGAGGCGGCGCUGCACCGCGACCAGCGCCGCGCCCUCAUCACCGUGUCGAACCACGCCGCGGCGCUGGACGACCCCCUCGUCACCGCCGCCGUCCUGCCGCUCGACAAGCUCCUCCGCGCCGACGACGUGCGCUGGACGCUCUGCGCCACGGACCGCUGCUUCAAAACAUCCCUCAUGGCCCGUAUGUUCAGGGCGGUCAAGGUGCUGCCCGUGGAGCGCGGGGUGGGGCUGCACCAGCCGGGGAUGGAGGCGGCGCAGAAGCUGCUCGCGGACGGCGAGUGGGUCCACAUCUUCCCCGAGGGCACGCGCCAGCCCCGGGGGCGCAUCGGCCCCAUCCGAGCGGGCGUGGGCAAGCUGGCGGUGUCGUGCAUGCAGGCGCGGGCCGGCGACGGGACGGACGGCGCCGCCGCGGCGCUGCCACCGCUGCUGGUCCCCAUAGCGCACCGCGGCAUGGACGAGGUGAUGCCGCGGGGCUCGGUGGCGCCGCGCGUGGGGCGCGACGUGACGGUGGUGGUGGGCGCGCCCGUCGACAUGAGUGACCUGGCCGCGGCGCUCUCUGCGGGCACGCUGACCGCGGACGACGUGCAGGCGGAGGUGGCACGGCGCGUGGGGCGCAGCCUGGCGCAGCUGAACGCGGCGCUGGACGCCGACGAGGCCGGGGACGUGCUGGCGUUGCCCGCAGCGGCAGCGGCGCGGGGGGUCGGCGCGGGGGACGAGGCGGCGCCGGCGGGGCGCGGGGGCGGCGAGCGCGUCGAGCUGGACUUCGGGACGGACUUCUUCGCGCCGCUGGAGGGCGCGCGCGGCGUCGGCGAGGGCCCGCUGCGGCGGUGGUGGGGCGUGCUGCGACGGGAGGUGACGAAGCCCGUGGCGCCGUGGGGGGCCUUCGCCGCGUAG